ACUGUUUUUCUCAAUGACUGUUGCUUUGUCGCCACCCAGUGGAGGUAUUACGACAGUGCAGAAAAUAAAAUUAAAAAUUAAAAAAAAUCCUGGCACUGUCUUCCCAGCAGGGGAGCAACGGACCAUCUUUGGUCCUUGCAGUGGUUUAUCUUGUGGAAAAAAAUGCUUGGAAUUAAGUCCAUCAAUAACUUUAGCAUUAGUUCAACCAUGCCCAAAAGAAAGAUCAUCCGACACGUUUCAUUGAUUGAGCAGUUAAGUAAGGAAACUUAAAAAUACUGGUGAUUUUUAAUUAAAUCCUACGCUUUUCGCAGAUAUAGCUCCAUCAAAAUUUUGUUUGAACAAGUGGAGUUUAAAAGACCUUGUUUUUAUGCUCAGUUUUCAAACAGCCAUCUAGAUCAUUACCAUGUUUCUAAUUUAAUCGAAUACACUCUUUCAGUAUAACGACUUAAAACAUGUUGUGUUUUAAGGCUACACAAUGUUGCCUUGCCUUUAUAAGCAACAGGCCUAUAACGGGCGCCAAACAAGAUACAGUUAUGGGAGGCUUCUGACUUUGGGUCACAGCACACACUGUUCUCUUGGGGGACACAGUCAUUGACUUUGGAUCUUUAUGUGUAUGCCAAAAGAAAUCUUCAUUUUAACUAUCCUAAAAUACACACCAAUUACAGACACACGGGUUAGCAAACUCAACAGUGAGGGAAAAGUGGCUCUGAAAGCAUCCAAUCACAGCAAAACCAUUGCCAGCGGAGGAAGAUGUUGAUGGUAAUUGAACAUCAAAGGUUAUUGUCUCUUGGAUGUUUGCUGUUUACUUUCAGCUACUCUCUCAUUACGCCAGUUUAGCCUACAUCUUAAACGAUACACAGUCACAAUGAUCUACGUAUGUUCUUUUAACCAAGGUCACUGCUGCAAGUCUAACUGGGGAUCCAGAUGAUUGUGUUUACAAGCAGAUGUGCACGUAGAAAACGUAUAAAUCCAGUAAUAAUGUAUCCAGUCGUUAAAAGCUUCUGCGCUCUGUUUUGGGAUGUUUUAAUACGCAACCAUGUCUACAUUUAACUUACUUCGAAUACACCUAAUAAUGAAUCGUCAUCAUCAAAAAAAAAAAGUAUUUACUCAUCUCAGCUUUGUGAUCACGCGUCACUUUCCUUUUCGGAUACUUAUAAACAACUCUUUGCGACACAAGAGCCAGUUGAUAAGAAGCUGGAGGUCAGGUGAUUGAGAUUCCCAAAGCGCGAUUAAAGGGAAGCGACUUCUUGCUGCUGAAGGGACAUUCAGUCGACAUCUCAGCUUCUGCGAAGUUUUCCAGAAAGCACCAACGAUGUGGACAUCGCCGUCAGUAUCCCUGCUCCUGUUCGUCUCAUUCUUCCAUGGAUGCAGGAAUUUCGUGUGCCCGAGGAUCUGCCGUUGUUUCUCCAAUACAAUCAGGUGCAACAAUAUAACACAAGGGUCAGCUCCAGUGAUGGACCACAGGGAUAGAAGAUUGUUUCUUUAUCAUCUGUCUUUGCAAACAAUUUCAAGCCAUUCCUUUGAAGGUUUGAAAGGAGUCCAGAGGAUAGAGAUUACUCAAAGUGUAACCUUGAAAACUAUUGAGACAUUAGCAUUUAACAACCUCCUCAGCCUCUUUGAAAUCUCAAUCCAGAACACAAGGAGUCUGAUGCACAUUGACAGAGGAGCAUUUAACAACCUCCCCAAACUUCGCUACUUGAGUAUUUCAAAUACCGGUAUUGCAGUUUUUCCUGAUGUCACUUCAAUCAGUUCACUUGAAUCUGAGUUUGUCUUGGAUAUAUGUGACAACAUCUUCCUUCUAGAAAUACCCACAAACGCUUUCACUGGAAUGUCAAAGGAAUAUGUUACAAUGAACCUGUACAACAAUGGCAUAAGAAAAAUACACGAGCAUGCCUUCAACGGAACAAAGAUAGAUAAGCUGGUAUUAAAAAAUAAUCGAAACCUUAGAGUGAUCCAUAAAGAUGCUUUCACAGGAGCCACGGGCCCUGGAGUCUUGGAUGUUUCUGCCACAGCUCUCACAAAGCUGCCAUCACAGGGACUGGAGUCAGUUCUAGUGUUGUUUGCUCUGUCCGCCUACACCUUGAAGAGUCUGCCUCCUCUGCAGGGACUGUGGAGUCUGCGAGAAGCUCAUCUCACCUACAACAGCCACUGCUGUGCACUGCUGAGCUGGAACACUCACAGAGACUUACCAAUUAAUCCUGUGUGGAAUAACAGCUCCACAUCCUGUAUUGAGAGAGAUCCAGCCGGCAGGGUUCAGCCUGUAAUGGGAGAGUCAACAGACACAUCUCUACUUAUGGGCGUGCCGUAUUUCUCAGAAGGUGACCUGCUUGCUGAAGAUGACAGCUAUGGAGAUGUGAAUUUCCACUAUCCAGAACUGGACCUCUGCCAGACCACCCGCACUCUGGUUUGCACACCUGAGGCAGAUGCUUUCAACCCCUGUGAGGACAUCGCAGGUUUCAGUUUUCUCAGAGUAGCUAUUUGGUUCAUCAAUUUACUGGCUAUUACAGGUAAUCUGACAGUGCUGCUGGUCUUCUUCAGCAGCCGGAACAAGCUGACAGUACCUCGCUUCCUCAUGUGCCACCUGGCUUUUGCAGACCUUUGCAUUGGGGUCUACCUUCUGAUGAUAGCUACUGUAGACUUGCGGACUCGUGGUAGCUACAGUCAGCACGCCAUUGAAUGGCAGACAGGACCUGGUUGCAGUGCUGCUGGCUUCCUGUCAGUUUUUGGUGGGGAGCUGUCAGUUUACACACUUUCCACCAUCACCCUGGAGCGUUGGCACACCAUCACCAAUGCUAUGCAGGUAGAGCGCCACCUGGUUCUUAUGCAAGCUGCAGGCAUAAUGGCAGUAGGUUGGCUCAUCUGUCUGGGGAUGGGGAUACUGCCCUUGAUUGGUGUCAGUAGCUACACCAAAGUCAGCAUGUGCUUACCCAUGGACAUAGAGACUCCUUUGGCUCAGGCUUUUGUCAUAAUUAUCCUGCUCCUCAAUGUGGGCGCCUUCCUCGUUGUUUGCGUUUGCUAUGUGCUGAUCUACCUGGCUGUAAAAAAUCCUGACUUACCUAGAAGAAGUGCAGACACCAGGAUCGCACAGCGCAUGGCGGUACUCAUCUUCACGGAUUUUCUGUGCAUGGCACCCAUCUCCUUCUUUGCCAUCUCUGCUGCUUUUAAGUUUCCCCUCAUCACAGUUACCAACUCCAAAAUUCUGCUGGUCCUCUUUUUUCCCAUCAAUUCCUGUGCCAAUCCCUUCCUCUAUGCUAUCUUCACUAAAGCUUUCAGAAAGGAUGCUUAUAAACUCAUGAGUACCAUAGGCUGCUGUGGAAACAAGGCUGCUCAUACAGAAAGGAAAUAGAAAAGAAAUGCAUACAAAUUUUCAAUUGCAUCAAAUAGUAAAUGUUUGCAUUACAUAUAUCAGCAUCAUAUAUAGUCUAAUACUAUGACUUACUCUUGAAAGUAGUCUGCUCCAUCAUCUUGUUUACUUCAUAUGUAAUUCAUUGUUGCAUGACUAUGCAAAAGGAUCCACUUUCAUAAGCAUAAGAAUGUAAGUGAGACUAGCCAUACAUACACAGUUAGAUCCAUAAUUUGCUGGACAAAGACCAGAAAAUUUUUGACUUUUUUUUGUUGCAUUUCCUGAUUAAGAAUUACAGAAAUUUCAGUUCUCCAUUUUCAGAGGCUCAAAAACAAUCGGACAGUUGACUGACAAGUGAUUCAAUGACAAGUUGAUGCCUAUUUCCUUGUUAUUUCAUGACAAAUUAAAGUACUUAUACUAAUGCACAGACUGAAUGCAUGGUUGAAUCUUGAUUUUAUAGCUUUUCACUGUCAUUUAAAAAAUGAGGCCCAAAUUAAUGUAUAUGCAAAUGAGGGAGACUUAUGAUUUAAAUCAUGUUACAUUAUCAGUCAAACAUGGUGGAGGCAAUUUUAUCGCUGUAUAACAUUGUAUGGCUGUCAGUGAGUCUGGAUCAGUUGAUGAUGUAUCUGCUGAUAUAAGUAGCAGAAUGAACUGUUAAGUGUACUGGGCCAUACUCUCUACUCAGAUUCAACCAAAUGCUGCACAGCCAAUCAGACAGAGCUUCACACUACAGAUGGAUAAUGACCCAAAGCACACUGCACAAGCAAUCCAAGAGUUUCUCAAGGCAAAGAAAUGGGAUAUUCUUCAAUGGCCAAAUCAGCUUCUCAGUUACUGAAGACAAAACUGAGAGACCCACAAACAAGAAGCAACUGAAAGCAGCUUCAGUAAAGGCCUGGCAGAGUAUGUCAAGGGAGGCAGUCAUUAAUUGUAAAGGAUUAAAGUGUUAAAACAUCCCUUGUAUUUAAGUUAAUGUUACUUUGUACAAUUACUUUUGAGCCUCUGAUUUUUUUUCUUUUGUAAAAAAAUAAAUAAAGAAACUGGAAGUCUGUGCUGGAAUCUCAUCUUGAUUGUUUGAUUUAAAAUCCACUGUAGUGGUGUACAGGGACAAAACAUUUGUGUCUGCGUCCAGCAAAUUAUGGAUCUAGCUUUAAAAAAUAAACAUUUACUUUAAGUUUUUGUUCUCUUCCUUUUCCAUAUCUGGACUGCACAAGCAAGUAUUCCUCAGAAAAGGUAAUCAGGAUGUGAGAAUAAGUAAUCCCACACAGGAAUUAGACUGGCUGUGUCAAACCUCGUACCUGAAAGAGGAAGGAGAUACAAACAUCUCUCAUGAUGAUGCUGAUGCACUUUUGGAGAUGGUCUGAUGUGUUAUCAGAAAGUAUAAGCAAUUAUGAAUUUGCAUUCUGUGAAGUUGCACAAAGAACUGAGUAAUAUCUAGUAUAUGAUAUCGUCUCUCAAAUCCUACUUGAGUUUAAACCCACUCCACAGGUGUUUCCACGGGAGAGUGCUGACUGGUCAGAAGAGAGAAAGUUAAAAUGUAACCGUUAACACUGAUAAUGUUUGGUGAAGCUUUACAGUGAGAAAUGAAAUGUGGCCAUUAAUCAACAAUGCCAAACAAGAAUCUAUAGAAGAAAGCUCGAUGAACGUUGAGGCGUUGCUUUAUCGACAUCUGUCAAGAAUACAUUUUGAAUCUCAGCAUUAACGUCCAUGAGAAAAUACAGUAAUGUGAUAAAAAACAACAACACCAAAACUGCAACAGUAACUGAACAGCGUUCUUAGAAUAUGACUGAAAGUUCAACAACAGCUUCUAAAUGGACCUUGGAUUCUUAUUCUAUUUGUGGAAGAUCAGUAGCAAAAGUGACCACGUGGUGGAGUAGUUUGAUUUAGUAGUAGUUUUUGUUUUGUUGUUAUUUUUGUAACUCUAAGAUUAAAGAGAUCUUGUGUUCCUC